AUGGCCGCGCAGAACGGUGGCAAAUCUGCCGAACAUUCAUUGUUCGACGAGUGCUCACUUGCAUUUGUACCAAGUAGCACUCUGACUCAAAGCACAAUCGACUUGUUGAAAGAAACUGUCGAGAAGUAUGGCGCCGAAGUCAUUGAUCUUGGUGAGGACGGCUCGGUCUCGGUCUCAGAGUGCACCCACAUUAUUGCCGAUACGAUCGACUUCCCAGAGUAUGAUGAGGCUAUGGCAUUGAUGGUCCCUGUGGUGGUGCCUGGGUGGGUCAAUGCCUCCCUUCACAAGGGCCGCCAGGCUCAGAUCCGGCCAUAUUCCCCGGACCCGCGUCUGAUUUUCUCCAAUGUCGUCUUGACAUGUGAUGAGCUCCCAAUCACCGACAAGGGAGACAAUCGCUGGUUCGAUGACUGUUUCCGCCUGGGCAAGAGGAUAGACGAAGGCCCCUACUUGCUUCCAGACCCCGAGAUCCUGCGAUCGGGCUACAACGAUGCCGUUGCCAUCCCACCGAGCCAACACCUCGACGGAGCAGCGUCAGCUCGCCCCGAUCGACCGCCGAUGACUGCACAUUACCAAGCAGGAGCCCGCGAAAAGCUGACUGUCUUCCAGGACAAGAGUGUUGUCUUGUCGUGGGACCUCGGCAUCAACGAAAAAUUGCGGAAGACCUUGCAAGGCCUCAUAGAGAAUGGAGGAGGCACAGUGGUUGACACGGAGAGUGAUUGCGACUGGUUCGUGUGCCAGUACCGCGACGGACCUGAGUAUGUCAAAGCUGCUCAGCAGGGUAAGGACGUCGGAAAUCUGGCCUGGCUUUAUUACCUGAUCAUGCACAACCAAUGGACGAAUCCACUGCGGCGUCUCUUGCAUUAUCCCGUUCCUAAAGAGGGUAUUCCGGGAUUCCGGGGACAACGGAUCACACUUUCCAAUUACGGAGGCGAGGCACGCAUAUACCUCCAGAACCUGCUGAGAGCUGCCGGUGCAGAGCCCACCGGUUCCAUGAGGCAAGACAAUACACAUCUUAUUACCGCGCGCAAGAGUGGCGAAAAGUGCGAGGCCGCUGCUGACUGGCAAAUACCUAUGGUCAACCACCUGUGGCUCGAAGAGAGUUACGCAAAGUGUGAGGUGCAGGCCCUGACAGACCCUCGCUAUGUCCACUUCCCUCCACGGACGAAUCUAGGCGAAAUCAUUGGCCAGACCUCAUUCGACGAGUCGAGACUUCACGAGAAGUACUACCCGGGCGGAGACGACGACAUGGAUGCUGUGGCUCGUCGCAAGAGAAGGAUCCAAGACCUGGUCAAGGAGAAUGGAGCUACCCAUGGUCCCGCUGCUGGAUUAGUAGUCGGGAGACAGAAGCACCCAGAGUUCGACGUGAUGAAGGAUGAUGAGGCCGAGUACGCUGUGAAGACAACCAAGACGUUUGGCGUGCCAGCGCCUCCGAAGACCAAGACAAAAGCACAGGCAAGUGCCACGCCGGUUAGAACGCGACGUGCACUCGGUGGCAAGGAGAAUGAUACAUCGUCUGUCUUCUCGAGCGGCAGCCGCAGUGCCAAAGCCUCGGCACUCAGCAAGUUGCACAACUUGGCGCCAGAUAUUGCAUUAUACGAAAAAGAGCGAAAACGGAAAUCCUCUGGAAACACACCUUUCGGCGGUAAACGUGCCACGAACCUCUUUGAGCAGGAACGAGAAAAAGAGCGGGAGAAGAAGGCACAGGAGAAAGCGCGAUCUACAAGCCCUACACAUGAUCGGCCAGACGAGGAUGAGGACGAGGAAGAGGAAGAUGAAGAGGUGGAAGAGAAGCGGCCAGCCAAGAGGCAAAAGCCCUCGCUACCACCCGUCGACAUGCGCAUCAUCUUAACGGGCUACCAGGGUUGGCUCAACAACCUGAAGAAAGAGGACGCAGACAAGCGGAAACUGCGUAGCAUGGGGAUCCAGAUCGUACAUGAGAAUGCGGCAUGUGACUAUCUCGCCGCACCGCAUAUGGUGCGCACCAUUAAAUUCCUCCGCGCCCUAGCCCGUGGCCCAGAAGUCAUCAAUGCUAGCUUCAUCGAUGCCUGCCUUGAAGCUGGCGAGCGCCUUGACGUCAAUGAGUACAAGCUCAAAGACAAGGCCAACGAGGCCAGGUUCGGAGUCAAGCUGGAGAAGUCCAUCGCAAGAGCACGCGAGAACAAGGGUCGGCUGCUGUGGGGUGUCCCCAUAUAUUGCACGAAGGACAUCAAGAGCGGCGCCGAGAGCUAUCGGCCGAUUGCAGAGGCGAAUGGCGCCAUCUUCAAGACGUACACCGGACGGGGCGCGUCCACCAUCAAGCCCACCAAAGCAGACGAGGAUUCCCAGGGGCAGGAGCCGGUGUACCUUUUGACGUCGGGUAGUAAGGCGGAGCGGGAGCUUUGGCCGAGGUUCGAGAAGAUGGCCAGGGACGGAAACAUGGAACCGAGGGUUGUGUCCUCGGAUUGGCUGCUGCAGGUGGCCAUGAGCCAGGAGUUGAAGUUCGACAAGAAGUACCUCGCGACAAGGUUCUUCAACGGUAACUAG